AUGGGCACUUCUCAGAGUCGUGAAGAUCGUAUCACCGAUUCUGAUUACCACUACAAAGAAGAAGACGAGGAUGAUCAUCAAUACGAGGACGUCUCAAGAAACUCAAACCUCUCACGACCUUCCUCCUCUUCUUCAGGACCAUCUUAUCCAUCACCCUCUCUCGAAAUCGAGCAGAAGCUGAGUGCCUUAAAGCUGAAAUACUCAUCAUCAUCACCCGCAACAACACCCCACAUCAAAAACGCGGUGAAGCUUCACCGCCAUAUUGGCGGGAACACUCCCAAAGCGAAAUGGAUCAUCUCUGAUAAGCUGACGUCAUACAAGUUCGUCAAAACUUGUAGAGAUGAUGAUAUUGACGAUUAUGACGAUGGUGAAGAAUCAGACGAGGAAUGCAAGAAAGCCUUCUGGUAUCUAUGCGUUGGUUCUAUGGUUAAAGCUGUGGUUGAGACGGAUCUACGUAUGAAGAUGUUUGGAGAAGACAAACAACUUAGAGUUGAGUUCGUGAGUAAUGAUGGUGUUUGGGGUUUGGAGUUUUUGACCGUUGAGGAGUAUAAGAGGUUCGUUACUAGGUUUCAGGACUGUUUGUUUGAGAAUGUGUAUAAGGUCAAGGCGUGUGAGGAGAGUAGGGUCGAAAAAUAUGGGGAAGGUUUUGACGCGUGGGCUAAUCCUGAGACUGCUGAUGAUUCUAUGUGGGAGGAGGAUGCUGAAGAAGAAGAAGAAGAAGAAGAUGAGAUAAGUACGGAUUUGAGUGAAGAGUUUGAAGAGGUGGCGAAUGGUGGAGUGCAGAGUUUGGCUUUAGGUGCGUUGGAGAAUUCCUUCUUGGUGAACGCCUCAGGGGUUCAGGUUUAUAGGAAUAUGGAGCGUGGGAUUCACGGGAAAGGUGUGUGCUUUAGGUUUGAUGGUGGUGACGACCAGACAACACCAAACAAGGCGCUUUUGAUGAGAGCCGAGACGAAUAUGAUGCUAAUGAGUCCAGCUCAAGAAGGUAAGCCACACUCUAGUGGUGUGAAGCAGCUUGAUAUUGAGUCAGGGAAGAUUGUUAGGGACUGGAGGUUUGAGAAAGAUGGGGCUGAGAUUAUGAUGAGAGAUAUAAUUAAUGACGCAAAGGGUUCGCAGUUAGAUCCAUCAGAGUCUACUUUUUUGGGGUUGGAUGAUAAUAGGUUGUGUCAAUGGGACAUGAGAGACAGGAGAGGUAUAGUGCAGAACUAUGAACCAUCUGUCUUGGGAUGGAAUCAAGGACAUGAUUUUUCUAGAGGGAUAGGUUUCACGUGCAUUGCUAGUUGUGGAGAUGGGUCUAUAGGUGUGGGAUCGGAUGAUGGAAAGAUUAGGUUGUACUCAAAGCCAAACUCAUUCAGACAAGCAAAGACUAGUUUUCCGGGGCUUGGUUCACCGAUAACACAUGUGGAUGUAUCUUAUGAUGGGAAAUGGAUUUUGGGGACAGCAGAUACGUACUUGGUUCUUAUAUGCACGCUUUUCACUGACAAAGAUGGUCAGACGAAGACAGGUUUUAGCGGAAGGAUGGGGAACAAGAUACCUGCUCCGAGGCUGCUGAAGCUGACGCCAUUAGAUUCACACUUGGCAGGGAAAGAUAAUAAGUUUCACGGCGCUCACUUCUCAUGGGUAACUGAGAGUGGGAGGCAAGAGAGGCACAUCGUAGCAACGGUGGGGAGAUUCAGUGUGAUAUGGGACUUGGAGCGGGUGAAGAACACUGCGCAUGAGUGUUAUAAGAACCAGCAAGGGCUCAAGAGCUGUUACUGCUACAAGAUCUUGUUGAAAGAUGAGUCUAUUGUGGAGAGCAGGUUCAUGCACGAUAGAUUAUCCUUCUCUGGUAAUAACAAGUCACCAGAAGCUCCACUUGUGGUUGCUACUCCCCAGAAAGUCAGCUCCAUUAACCUCUCUAGAAGACGGUUGUGA